AUGACUCUGAGGCAAAUUUCGAGGUUCGAACGACUCAACGACAUAUCCGUCAACGUUUUCACCACUUGGCGGAAGGGACGGAACGACGAGAUCGUUCCUUUACAGCUGACCAACGAUAAGGACAGACAUGUCAAUCUGUUGUAUCUGUCAGAUUCACGAAACAACUCGAACGGCGGUCAUUUCGCGUGUAUAAAGAAUCUGUCGCGAUUGUUGGGGUCUCAAUUAAACAGGAGCAAGAACAUGAAGUACAUAUGCGAUCGAUGCUUACACUACUUUCACUCGAGAGAGAAAUUGUCCGCUAACAGCGUCGACUGCGGAAAGAUGAACGACUGCGCCAUCGUUCUUCCGAACGACGACGACAAAUGGUUGUUUUUUCGCGAUCACAGUAGAAAGGAACGACUUCCCUUCGUGGUCUACGCCGAUCUGGAAUGCGUGUUGGAGAAAGAAAAGAUAGACAACGAUAACGUCAAAAGAUACACAUAUCAGCAUCACAGAGCGUUUAGCGUGGGAUACUACCUGUGCAGCCCGUACGACGAGAUUGGACCCGGGUACAGAUUUCGUCGCGGCGAGGACUGCGUGUCGUGGUUCGUCAACGAGCUCAACGUUAUCGCGCAUCGCGCGAAGGAGAUACUCAUAACGAACGUGACCAUGGCGGAGCUCACGUUGGACGAGACACGAAAUUUUUGGAGCGCGACGAGCUGCCACAUAUGUGAGAGACCGUUCAAAUCGGAGGACGGUCAACGCGUGCGCGAUCACUGCCACUUGACCGGACGUUACAGAGGUCCCGCGCAUCCGCGUUGCAACCUAAAUUAUAGAGACUCGUACGUUAUUCCUGUGUUCUUUCACAAUCUGUCCGGUUACGAUGCCCACUUUAUUAUCAAAGAUAUCGCCAACAGCUUCGAGGAACUAAGCGAAAGCGAUUUCGACCUGCUCACACGUAAAGGUGUAUUUCCGUACGAGUACGUCGACGGCUUCGAUAAGUUGCUGGUGACGGAAUUACCGCCGCGCGAGGACUUUUACAGUUCGUUGACCGGCGAGACUGCGAGCGAGAGCGAUUACGAGCACGCGCGGAACGUCUGGGGUUGUUUUCGCGUGAGAAAUCUCGGCGAGUACAGCGAUCUGUAUCUCAAAACGGACGUGCUUCUUCUAGCGGAUAUCUUCAAAAAUUUUUGCGACACCUGUAUUGACACUUACGGACUGAAUCCCGCGCAUUACUACACUCUACCAGGAUACACGUGGGACGCGAUGCUGAAGUACACGGGGGUGCGAUUCGAAUUGCUCACCGAUAUUGACAUGGUAAUGUUCGUGGAGCGCGGUAUCCGCGGCGGUCUGAGUCAAUGCUCCAACAGGUACGCGCGAGCCAACAACAAAUAUAUGCGAUCGCACGACUCUUCGCAACCGUCGACGUAUCUCAUGUACUUCGACGUGAACAAUCUGUACGGUUGGGCGAUGUGCGAACCGUUGCCGUACGCGGACUUUCAAUGGGUCGACGACGCGGAGAGUCUCGACGUAAUGUCCGUGAAGUUGGACUCCGCUAUCGGUUACAUCUUGGAGGUCGACCUUGCGUACCCGCAUGAACUCCACGACGCUCACGCUGACCUUCCGUUCUUCCCGACGCGCGAUAAGCCUCCCGGAAAAGGGUGCGAUAAACUCCUCGCCACUCUGCGCGAUAAAUCGCGCUACGUGCUGCAUUACCGUAAUCUACAGCAAUGCGUGCGAUACGGAUUGUGCGUCACGAAGAUUCACCGCGCGCUUCGAUUCGCGCAAUCUCCGUGGCUUCGGGGAUACAUAGAGCUUAAUACGGGAUUCAGAGCUCGCGCCAGCAACGAUUUCGAGAAAGAAAUGUACAAAUUAAUGAACAAUGCGGUAUUCGGCAAGACCAUGGAAAACGUACGAGAUCACGUAGACGUGCGUCUCGUGACGCGUUGGGAUGGGAGAUACGGCGCGGAGGCGAUAAUCGCGAAACCGAAUUUUCACAGUCGAACCGUCUUCGCGGAGAAUCUGAUCGCCGUCGAGUUGCGCAGGCUCGAGGUGAGGUUGUACAAACCCAUCUACGUCGGUAUGUGCAUUCUCGAGAUAUCCAAGACGCGCGUCUACGAUUUUCAUUACGAUUACAUGGUGCCGCUGCAUCGCGAAAGGUGUAAGAUAAUGUACACGGACACCGACAGUCUCAUAUAUUUUCUCGAGUGCGACGACGCGUACGAGGAUAUGAAACGCGACAUCGCGAGAUUCGACACAAGCGGCUAUCCCAAGGACAACAAGUAUCGCAUGCCGCGCGUCAACAAGAAGAUACCCGGUUUGAUGAAAGACGAGAACGACGGCACGGUGAUGACAGAAUUCGUUGGACUGAGGUCGAAAAUGUACGCCUUGAGGGUCGAGGAAAAGAGCGACACGAAGAAAAUAAAGGGUAUCAAGAAAAACGUGGUCGCGAGAACGAUAACGUUCGACGAUUACGUGUGUUGUCUGAACGACGCGAUAGGGCAGUUUAGGCGUCAGUCGUGUAUUCGUUUGACUGCACACGAGGUACACACCGUGUCCGAGUUGAAACUCGCUCUCAGCCCGUACGACGACAAGCGAUACGUCGUUCCCGACUCGUACGACACUCUACCGUGGGGGCAUUACAAGAUACAGCCGUGA